AUACGUUAAAGGUACACUUUAGCCACAUUCCGUUUACCCUAUCUGCCUCACCCCCCUUACAGGCCUUGCGGAGAUAUCUCUCUUCCAGGAUUUAUGUCUCCUCACUCAUAACAAAAUCCAGAUCCUCGAGGUCAACCCCCUGCAUCAUCUUGAGCUCUGAUGCCUCAGCUCUAUCUUUUGCCUGCAUUCUUGGGGCCUUUCAAAUGCUUAUACAUAUGUACCUUUAUUUCUACACACUACAUUUAUGCAUACUAAAUAUUAAACUUUAAAAAUCUUCUAUCUCAGUGGGACUGAUGGCCUCUCACUCCCCACAGGGACAUCUCAGCCGAGCCCGGAAGGAGAGAGGUGAGUGCCCCAUGGAUGCUCCCCAUCUGGCCAUGGAGGCUGCUGCCCGGCAGAGGCAGGACUGUUCUCGGGAGGUGACCCUGGUUCUGGAGAGCUCCCUGGAGGAGUUUGGCCCCACUGACAUCCUGGCAAUGCGGAAGCAGCUGAUGAGGAUCUCUGGGCGGCUGCAGGCGCUGGAGGAGCAGAGCAUGGGCUGGCGCCAGAAGCAGCUGCUCUUCUACUCGAUCCUGGUCUCAGCUUGCGUCCUCAACAUGUGGCUUUGGCUUCGGAGAUGACUUCGCACCCCUCUGUCCCUCCACUUUGUUAGUAGCCCACCUGUUGCUGCAUAGAUGUCCUGGGAGGAGACCCAGAGAGUGAAGGAGGGAGGGGAGCCUGAGGUGGGAAAGGAAGUAGGAAAGGGCUGUGACCCAGAAGGGCCAUGGGGCAGAAAAGGAAAGAGGGCACAAUUACGAACAGCACGAGUGAUGCUGGGAGGCCUCCAGAGAUGCCACAGUGAUGACAACUGGGCAGAGUAGCCCCCUUUCCAUCGCCCCAGAGGCUAGUUUACAGUUGGGGUGAGUCUCUUUGAAAGGCCAGCUGGCAUGGUAUGAUGGCAUGCUUUUGGGGCAGAUCUCCUUACACUCAGGGCCAAGGAAGCCCCAGUGGAUGGACUUUGCAGUAGUACAAGGGGUCAUUGAGCUGACCAGACUGCUGUGUGUGCCCACACAUUUCCAAAUGCCCAUUGUCAUCCAGCUACAGGGAUGACUCUACAGUGAAGGGAGAGGCUCCUACCUUGCAGGGCUGGUGUGCACUGAUGCACAGCCGGAUUAAGGAUUUGUCCAUGACUCCCAGGUAAAGCUUUUCUUAGUAAAAUGUUUGAGAGCAGCUGCUGCUUUUCCCAUUGGUUUCUGCUGGGAUUUUGCUGUGGAGGACUGAACCAAGCCAUCUCUGUGAGGUUCCACAGCCCCCGACAGCAGCUCCAGCUGGGCCUUUGGGGAACUCUGGAGGGGCUUCUCUACUAGUCCCCACCCACCCAACAGAAUCUGCAGUGCUGGUGUUCAACUGACAGCAUGUGAAGGAGCUUGGCAUGACCAAAUCCUAAUAAAAUGCCUGGUAAAUGGACCCAUGUUUGUCUGUGUGGGGAAUGAUCUGGGGACAGACAGAGACCCCCCCUGCCCCUGUUUGGUCCCUACAAUCCAUCUUCACAGUUCCAGCAUGGGUCCUUGAGGCGGAGGUGACAAUUGGGGUUAACACCAGCCCUUUGCCCCCCUAUGCCCUUCCUCCUGGAGCUGGCAGUUUGGUUCUCUCAACACACACACACACACACCCAUACACAUACACCGCUCACCUGCCUCUGCCCCAGAAAGGACUCUUGUGGGUUUGGUGGUUGCAUGUUUUGCAACAGAGACACACCGGGGAGCUUUCCAAGGAGCAGCGGUGGCUGGCACUUCUCCAACCUCCUCCGUUUGUUCCAGAGCGAUGGGCCUGUGGGCUGAGUGGCUUUGCUCCUGCAAGCUGCCUGUGAUUUCCUUACACAGCCACAAGUGUCUUUCCAGGCUACAUUGACUGCUUGGCUGAAGAGCGGAGUCCGCCACCCAAUGGCUGCUCCUGGCUGGACCAUUUCAGAGGUGGGCCCUGCAGUUUCUUUGGGAAGUCUGGUACACACACACUCAUGCACCGGAGGGACCGCAGAAGUUUUUCCCGGCACUGGUGCUCAGAAGAGAAGCAUGCCUCUGAGCAUGUGCUGGCUGCCUUCUGGGAGCUGGGGCAUUAAUCGCAUGCCUUGCUCAGGUGGAAGAGGCUCCUGGUUCAGUCUGUGAUAAAGGACCUGCUGCCUGGUCACAGGGACCCCCUGCUCUCUCUCAAAUCCUGGGCGGAUCUGGCACAGCCCAGGGCUAGCCAAGAGGCCUCCAAGUCCCUUUCUUUGCCAGGCCCCCAGUGACCCUGGCCAGCACCCGCCACAACACAGAGACCACAGCGCUGCUGGGCAGGAGGUGUCUUUGUUUCACAACCAGAGUGUGACAGGAGUGUGGGGUGAGUGACAGCACACUGAAGAAUAAAAUGAGGAAGGGAGUUGUCUAGAGAUGGAUUAUUAGCUUAUUUUAGUUUUUUUCAGAAAGGCCCUUUUGAAGAACAAAGAGGUCUCCUAAUUAGCAACUGCUCCAGCAAUUGCAGGCAGCAACAGGCAUCUCCUGAAGGCAAUCUUCUCAAAGGAGGCCUCUUCCAAGACCUGCUGCUGGGGUUGUUUUCCUUCUAAGUCCUGCUUCAGAUGAAAAUCAAUAAAUUCAUUGUAUGGGCUUUAACAAAUUUUAAAAAUCAGCUAUUUUUUUUUUAACAAAUAGCCCUAUCUAACCAGGAAAGGUGAGCUGCCAGAGAAUUUUAGGGCUUGUUAUUGCGAGGAGGAGGAAAGCAGGGUGGGGGAAUAUCUUUUCAGGAGAGAGGCCCUCUGUGCCCAGCCUUAGCCUCGGACUGAGAACAGUAGGUUUCUCUCAGACCCUGGUGACCAGCAGGUCCCUCUGAGCAGCUCCUCUGAUGUUCAGCCCCACCUGCCAGCCAGGCCAAGGGGUGAGAAAAGAGUGGCGGCGGAGGCGGGUAUCCAGGCCCACCUUUUAAUGCAGCAAAGCUGUCCAUCCCUGUUAGAGAUGUGGUGUAGCUGACCCCCCCCCCCCCACACACACACACACUUUGGACCUGGCUGCCUCUUCCAACAGGAGGCACAGGAAGGAGGGUUAAGCAGUGGGCGGGAGGCUGAGGCAACCAACAAGGGAACAGGAGCAGCAGCACCAAGGUCCCUAGGUGCUGGCAGUGUGGCAGAGCCAGCGCUUGUGGCUGCUGCAACUUUGCUCAGGACUGGAGGGAGUGCGCAGGUAGCAGCAGCCUCUCUCUUGACCUGCUUGACUCCAAGGCCACUUGGCUGGAGCAAAGGGAGGGGGCUGCCAGCUGAGCUCCAGGUGUGGGGUCAAGAGAGCCGCUUUCCCACCUCAUGGGCCCCUCAGGGUCUGCCAAAGGCCAUCCUCAUUUCCUGGGUCCCAGCCGGAGAGAGGACAGAUGCUCAGAAGAGCGGAAGGGGAACUGAGGCCCACCACUGGCCAGCCAGCAAAGCCACCUGGAAGGGCCACUGCCCUUGCUGACCAGCCCAGCACCCAACCUAGAUUCGAUCUCAAAGUGGAGUCUGUGCAGUGGCGCUGAGCAGUGAGUAAACAUGGGACAAUGUUGCACAUGCACAGAGUGUGUGUUGUGUAUUUAUUCUUUUUCUUCAUCCUGAUGGACAUUUUCUGCACACAGGGUGGGGGCUGGGGAUCUCUCUUGCUUCUGAAUUUCUCACAGCCUCAAAGAGGACCAGGAGGCGACUCUGCUUUGAAGAAACGGACCCUGCCAAGGGGACGGCAGCUGAGGAAUUGGGAGAGGGCUUUUGAGAACAUCCAACACGGAGCCUUGUGAGAUGCUUCCAACUGCCCUAGAAUGUUCUCCUCUUGUCCAUCACACGGAGAUGACUGUGACACACUCGGCUGAAGGCCUCCACAUCUGGACCCCCUUGGCAACCGAUGGGAUCCACUCCAGCAAAGCCAGCAUGGCUGUGAUUCCCCCUCUGUCAACUACAGCCCCCCCUGUGAACUUCUUAAAACAUGUAGGGAGCUGGGAGCAUAGCUUCAGAUCACAGUGGAGACAGUACCCCUGAAGCACAGAGAGGUUCACAGGUUGUGGGGGAUGCCAGUGUCCCUUCUGUGCAUGGAAAAUGACGACGAAAAAAAGCAAUGGCACCAAGGCCCUUCCUGCCAACUACCAGCCCCCAACGCCAGCCAGAAGGGCCUCGGAGAAUAAGCCAGAGCAGGCCCAGCUCAGCAAUCGCAACAGCAGGUGGGGGCGGGGACAAGGCAGCUGCAGUGGGUCCUCCAGUGUCCUCAAUGACACAUCCUCAGAGCUGCAGCGGUCGGCCAGCUUGGAUGAAGCAAGACCAAAGCCCCACAGAUCCAUCCGGAAGAAAAGGGAGCUUUCCAGGGUAGCCCAGCUGGUGAUGGCCCUCCGGGGGUGGAUGAAUAAAAGCCUGCAGAGGGAAGAGGAUGUGCGGACAGACUCCUUCCUCGAGCGUUUCCGAGGGCCGGAUGCAAACACCUUGGCAACUGCCAUGGCGAGUGGAGACACCUUGACGGACCAGGAUGAAAAAAAGAAGAAGAAGGAAAAGGUCUUUGUGGUAGAUCCUGCCGGGGAGUUGUACUACCGCUGGCUCCUGGUCAUUGCCAUCCCUGUCCUCUACAACUGGAGCACGCUGGUUGCCCGCGCCUGUUUCAAUGAACUCCAAAGGAGGUAUGUAGUCUGGUGGCUUGUCUUGGACUACCUUGCAGACAGCAUCUACAUUGCUGACAUUGUCGUCCGGCUGCGCACAGGCUUUCUGGAGCAGGGCUUGCUCGUGAAGGACCCCAAGAAGCUGCGGGACAAGUACAUAGCCACCCUCCAGUUCAAGCUGGACCUUCUCUCCAUUCUGCCCACGGACUUUGGCUACUUCGCCUUUGGGGUGCACCGCCCUGAGCUGCGCUUCAACCGGCUGUUGCGGUUCUCCCGCAUGUUUGAGUUCUUUGACCGGACCGAGACCAGGACCAGCUACCCAAACAUCUUCCGGAUCUCCAACCUAGUACUCUACAUUCUGAUCAUCAUCCACUGGAAUGCCUGCAUCUACUAUGCCAUCUCCAAGGCCAUCGGCUUCGGGGAGGACACCUGGGUGUAUCCCAAUAUAUCAGACCCAGAGUAUGGCUACCUGACCAGGGAGUACAUCUACUGUCUCUACUGGUCCACACUGACCCUGACCACCAUCGGAGAGACCCCUCCGCCCGUGCGGGAUGAGGAGUACCUCUUCGUCAUCUUUGACUUCCUGAUUGGUGUCCUCAUCUUUGCCACCAUUGUGGGGAACGUGGGUUCCAUGAUUUCCAACAUGAAUGCCACGCGUGCCGAGUUCCAAGCCAAGAUCGAUGCCGUCAAGCACUACAUGCACUUCCGCAAGGUCAGCAAGGAGAUGGAGGCCAAGGUGAUCAAGUGGUUUGACUACCUCUGGACCAACAAAAAGACGGUGGAUGAGUGGGAAGUACUAAAGAAUCUGCCAGACAAGUUGCGGGCCGAAAUCGCCAUCAAUGUCCACCUGGACACCCUGAAAAAGGUCCGCAUCUUCCAAGACUGCGAGGCAGGCCUCCUGGUGGAACUGGUCCUCAAGCUGCGCCCGCAGGUCUUCAGCCCCGGAGAUUACAUCUGCCGCAAAGGUGACAUUGGGAAGGAGAUGUACAUCAUCAAGGAGGGGAAGCUGGCAGUGGUGGCCGAUGACGGCGUGACCCAGUAUGCCCUGCUGACGGCCGGCUGCUGCUUCGGGGAGAUCAGCAUUCUUAACAUCAAGGGCAGCAAGAUGGGCAACAGGCGGACAGCCAAUAUCCGCAGCAUUGGCUACUCUGACCUCUUCUGUCUCUCCAAGGAGGACCUCAUGGAAGCCGUGACCGAGUACCCAGAGGCCAAGCGGCUCCUGGAGGAACGCGGUCGAGAGAUCCUCACUAAGGAAGGGUUGCUGGAUGAGGCAGCAGCUGCCAAGAGCACAGAGGGCCUCAGCGUGGGUGAGAAACUGGACCGGCUGGAGAGCAGCCUGGAGACACUCAGUGCCCGCUUCUCCCGCCUGCUGGCCGAGUACGAUGCGGCCCAGAUGAAGCUGAAGCAGCGUGUGGCCUCCCUGGAGGGCCAGGCCAAGCAGGACCCUCAGGCAGAGCUCUUCUCCCUUGGCUCCCUCAGCCCACCAGCCCCUAGAGGAAAGGAGGAGGGUCCCAGCCCUGAGGGUCUCCCCACCUAGCUCAACAAGGCUCACCUCCCUCCCCACCUCCCUCCUUCAGGGCUGCUGAAACAGGGGCUGCCUCUCCUCUGCCCAGCCGGAUCCCCUAUAGCUCUGGGGUUCCCUCCCCUCCUCCUCUUUUCCUUCUGCUUCCCACCAGAGCUGCCUUUGAACUGCCUCAGGGUCCGCAGGUGCCCACCUCCCCCCCACACACACACACACACAGAGUCCACUUGUGUGCCUCUCUCUUCUUUUCCCUUCUCUCAUCCCCCCAGCACUACCCUCUCCUCCCCACGUGGUCACAAUUCCUCAGGAAGGGGGGCUCUGUUUGGGGCAUUCCUGGCAAGAGCAAGAGACCUCCCAAGGUGGGCUCAGCACCCACCUCCUUACAGCCUUAUUUUGAUAACUGCUUUGGAACACAAUGACAAGAACAUCUCCUUUUGCAAAACAUGAUUCCAGACUGUAGUACUAAAAUCUGAUUUUUUAAAGUUCCA